UAAGGGAGAAGACAGGAGAAAACAAGUGGAAAUUUCUUCCUUUUAGAAGAUUGAGUCCUAAUUCCCAAGCGUAUGGCUUCCAACUCCAGUAUAGAUAUAGAAGGCGCCACGCAGCACCUUCGAGACAUCUUAAAACUGGAUCGAACCUCCACUUCGACCGAGAGCACUACAGGUGAGAGCCGAAGAAAGACGUCAUCCAAUGGAGAGCUAAACGGGCUGUUGGGAGCUGGCGUGAUUGGAACAGGAGUACGAACCGCUAUGGUUGAACCAACGCCUCACAAAUCUGAUAAAACCAAUUUGUCAGAUACACAGACAAUUUGCCUAACUGGUGAUGAUGGCUCCACCUGCAUCCCCAUCACCGCUAGUAAUGUGGAAAUUAUUGCCAGCCGAGACUCAAAUAUUGACAGUAAAGCUCGUGGAAGCAACAAGGUUAAAAUCCAGCCAGUGGCAAAGUACGACUGGGAACACAAGUAUUACUAUGGCAACUUAAUAGCAGUGUCUAAUGCCUAUUUGGCGUAUGCCAUUAGAGGUGCUAACAACAACUAUAUGAUUCGAGUGCUCCGACUGGGCUCAUCGGAGCGAACGCUGUUGAAGGGCUUUACUGGAGCCAUCACAGACCUGGCUUUUGCCCACCUUGACUCCACCUUGCUGGGCUGUGUGGAUGAGGCCGGCAAUAUGUUUAUCUGGCAGCUCACAAGCCAAGACAGCAAAAUACAAGAUGAAAUUAUUGUGCACAUCCGGAGGCCUGAAGAUACGCCGCUAAACUCCAACCGCAGGCUUAUCUGGUGCCCCUUUAUUCCUGAGGACAAUGAGGAAAGCCCAGAGGAGGCCUGUCAGACACUGGCACUGCUGCACGAGGACAGGGCUGAGGUUUGGGACAUUGACAUCCUUCGUUCUAAUAACAGCACGUUGCCCGUGGAUGCCACAGAGCUUAAAGAGGGCUUUAUUACCAUUAAAGGACACACAGCGCGUAUCAGCGAGGGGGCCUUGGCUCCAGACGGCACUGUCUUGGCCACAGCCAGUCAUGAUGGUUAUGUAAAAUUCUGGCAGAUCUACAUCGAAGGACAGGACCAACCCAGAUGCCUUCAUGAGUGGCAACCACAUAAUGGCAGGCCUCUUUCCUGCCUCCUCUUCUGUGACAACCACAAGAAGCAAGAUCCAGAAGUGCCAUUCUGGCGAUUCCUGAUCACAGGAGCAGAUCAGAACCAGGAGCUGAAGAUGUGGUGCACUGUAUCAUGGACCUGCCUACAGACAAUUAAGUUUAGCCCAGACCCGGUAAACUCCAGCAUCCCGCCCUCUCUGAAAGCCAGUCUGGACCUGUCUGCUGAAUAUCUCAUCCUUACAGAUGUGCAAAGGAAGGUUAUAUAUGUGAUGGAGCUGCUUCAGGAUCAGGAGAAGGGCCGUGCCAGCUUCAUGGCGAUCUCUGAGUUUCUGCUCACCCACCCUGUGCUAAGCUUUGGCGUCCAAGAUGUCAGCCGUGCUCGUUUGCGCCACACUGAAGUCCUUCCCCCCGACGAGGAGAGUGAAAGCAUGACCACAGAGGGAAGCCAGGGACCUUUGGAGUUGAAAUCAGGAAUCCAAAUCAAGCUUUACUGUGUGCAUACAAAGUCCCUUCAGGAUGUGCAGAUCUGGUUCAUGCCCAACCAGGGUGCAACUGCCUCCCUCUUUGUACCAUCAUGUUCUGCUUCCCAGGAUGGCUUUGGUUUUGCAGACUCUCUGACAGAUCUAGGCGUCGAUGCACUGAGCUCGGACAAGGACUCUGGGGCAAGUGGCUCACAGAACGACCUGUGCAAGAUCCCUAGUCUUCCAGCUCCUGCUGAUUUUCUGAGCCCUGCAGACUCGACAAUGCCCAAACUCAUGACCCCAGAUGCCUUUAUGACACCCAGUGCAUCUGUACCAGCCUCGCCUGGCAGCAGUGCUAGCAGCUUGACUAUAGUGACGGCCAUGAGCAGCUCAGACAGCGGUGCGAGGGCUGCAGAGGACUUGACGCAGAGCCCAAAGCUGUGUGCAGAUGGAGCCGCCAACAGCCUGUCCCUCACUACCAGCACCAGCAGUCCCAGAUCAAACUCCAUUCUCAUUUCAGGCCUGGGUGAAAACAUACCGGUGCUGCCCCCACUGAACCCCUCCUCCCUCUCGCUGGACCUUCAGGCCAUGGAGCCAAUGCUGCUGCUGCCCCAGUCAUCCCCAACAAGAGCUCGAUCCCCAGAUGUGAUCUCCUCAGCCUCCACAGCUAUGUCUCAAGACAAUAUCCCUGAAAUUGCCUCAGAGACACUGCCAAGGGGCUUGGCAGAGGCACAUGACUCACACCAGGGCCUUCAGGACAGCAUGGCAUCAGCUGCCUCUGCACUGCACCUACUUUCACCACUGGAGCUAGGUGGAGGAGCUGCUGGAGACACCGAGCAGAGGUUAAGCAGCACGCCAUCUCUACUGGAGACAGCACUGUCGCAUGAAAGUGCAGCCAACGCUGCUGCAGCUGCGGCAUCUUGCUCAGACAGUGGUGCCAACCGCAGCUGGCCUGCAGCGCCUGACAUUACGCGCGAGACCAGAAACAGCCUGAGGGAUAAUGGUCUGGGAGAAUGUUCUAGAGAUGACAUGAAGGACAUGCACAUGUCCUCACCCUUCCACAGACGCAACUACCACCUUACUCAAAACGACAGCCAGGAUGCCAGUGCAGAGCAAAGUGAUCAUGAUGACGAAGUGGCCAGUCUGGCAUCAUCCUCAGGAAACUGUGGUGCUCGUUCCUCUCACAGACUCCCAGUGAAAGACUGGAAGACUUCACCUCGCGGUUCACCCAAACUCAAGCGUAAGAGCAAGAAAGACGACGGAGAUUCCUCCCAACACAGACAGAUGGAAAACCAGCUUAAUACCGAGGUGCAGGAGGAACUGCUUCUGCUGCUAAGGAGCCAACAGAGGGAGCUGGCUGAGCUGCGACAGAACCAACAAGAGCUAUUGCAGAGGCUCACGGGCCACAUGGAUGCUGUGCAGAGCUCCAUUAUGGCCCACGUUGAGCAUGUCCUGCUUACACAGCAGGAACAGGAACAGACAAGAAUGGAGCGGGUGUUAGCAGAGGGACAUGCACGUAGCCAGCAGCUUCAGGAGCACAUGGCCCAGCAGUUGACCCACUCUUUGGGCACUAUACUCUCCAGUCGGCUGGACAAAGUGUUACGGGAGGAGAUGAAGAAGAUGGUUCCCCCAACCAUCUCCAAGUCUCUGGAACCCCUGACAGGACAGAUGAGCAACACAAUCGCUGCCAAAUUGACUGCAGUAGAGGCAACACUAAAGGACAAUGUCACCAAAGUUGUUAAGUCUAAGAAUACAACUGAUGCGAUUGGCCGGGCGGCAGCUGAGGCCAUGCAGGGUCCUAUCCAGGCAGCCUACAAAGAUGCUUUCCAAAGCAUCGUGCUCCCUGUGUUUGAGCGAGGCUGCCAGUCCAUGUUCCAGCAGAUCAACGACAGCUUUAAACAGGGAACCAACGAGUAUAUUCAGCAGCUGGAGACACAUGUUAAGAACAGGAAGCAGCAUGAACAGGAUGCCCGGGACCCUGUGAUUGGUCAGCUGCAACAGAUGAUUGACUCAUUGCAGGCUUCCCAAGACCAGCUGGCCACCACAAUAACAGCAAGUGUGCGGUCUGAGGUUCAGCACCAGCUCCACUUGAUCGUGGGAAACUUGCAGGAUUCAAUCCUGUCACAGGUGCAGCGCAUAGUAAAGGGUGAGGUGAGCCAGGCCAUGAAGGAUCAGCAGGCCGCAGUCACCUCCAGCAUCAUGCAGGCCAUGCGCUCGGCUGCUAGUACACCUGUGCCUACCAGCCACCUUGACUACCAGACCCAGCAGGCCAGCAUUCUGCAAUUACUGCAGCAGGGCCAACUCAAUGAGGCGUUCCAGCAGGCCUUGUCUGCAUCUGAUUUAAAUUUGGUGCUGUAUGUGUGCGAGACCGUCAAUUCACAGCAGGUGUUCGGCCAGCAUCCGUGUCCCCUGCAUCAGGCGGUCCUGCUGUCUCUCAUCCAGCAACUCUCAACCAACUUGGUUACACGCACCGAACUCAAGAUCAGCUAUCUGGAGGAUGCAGUGAUGAACCUGGACCAUGGUGACCCAGUCACCAGGGACCACAUGAGUGCCGUGCUGACACAAGUACGUCAGAAGCUGUUCCAGUUCCUGCAGCAGGACCCUCACAGCUCCCUGGGCAAGCGUGCACGCCGCCUCCUGAUGAUGCUGCAGGGCCUCGUUAACCAUUAAUGUACCCCCUUUCUAUCCUCCAACUCACCCGUCUGCAGUCUUCAUGGCAUUCACAUACUCCAAUACUGCCCCUCUUCAGCCUGCCUGUAUAGCUCGCCACGCUUCGCUCAAUAGCCCAGACGUUCCUCAGAGUCCUGCGUGAUAAAAGCUGUAGAGUAGACGCAUACACUGUGCAGUUUGCUUUAUGACGACCCUGCACUGCACUUUCAGUCAAACCCUCUGAGGUGUUGUAGAUCUUUUAAAUGAUAACUCGUGACAUUAUUGAGCCGUUUUGGCUGUUUGGUUUCUUAUUGUUUCUCUUAAAGAAAAAGUUUGUGCUGCUACAUCCUAUGAGAGAAAACCCUUUUUUUGCAGCCAGCCUUUUUGUGCUAUUAUUUUUGUAAAAGCAUGAGGCGUGGCACCUUACAUUGUUUAAGAAUUGAUUAUUUCAUAUGGUAGAAAUGAUUAGAGAAUCAUUCAAUGAUGUUAAAAGAAACAACCAAAUCUGAACCCACUGGACAAUAAGCCAAUCAACCCACUCUGAGCAUCUGAUUAGCCCCAUAGUGUUCAGAAAUUGCUGAUUUGUCCAUAUUGAAUCACUUUUGUGCCAAAAGUUAUUCAAAUACGAAAAAUUGAUAUUUGCAAGUCAAAUAAAGAAAAUCAAAAACGGAUGCAGAUUUAAAUAGUAACAAAUAAAACCAAACCUUAAACGUGC